AGUUUGUAAAUCCGGAGCGUGCAUAUAAAUAUUCGGACCGGGUAGAUCCGUUUGGAAGUGGUUACCUCUCCACCCGACGACGCGACGGAUACUUUGAACACCUCUCCGCCGCGCCGGAUAAUAGAUACGGCGGAACGAACUUGCAACCGCCGGUGGGCAACGGAGAAUAAUCCGAUUAGUAUAUAGUGAUCUUAAGGUUACAGUGGUGGAUAGUCAUUUCAAUGGAGAAGGCCGAUGAUCACUGUUUAUCGAAGCUUCAACUCACCGAGCGUUCUGAUGCUCGUCCUUUUGUGCUUCGGCUCCGUGAAAUACUUGCGGCUUGCGCCAAGUCAAUUGAAAACGGAGACACUCGUCAAUCUGAAGCCAUGGUAUCUGAGCUGGUGAAUUGCCUUGAUUCUAUUUCAGAGGCUGCUGAAACAGAAUUGGACAAUGGAGAUUCAGAGAGCCAUGUCUUUGAAGUUCUCAAUGAGAUUUAUCAAUUUAUAUCUUCUCCUUUAUUAGAUCAGGGAACUAUUGACACUCUUUCAUUUGAUCUCCCAAAGGCAGUUUCCAAGUUCGUAGGGGUAGGCGGAUGUCUGGAGAUCGUUGAUAAUAUUAUUGAUAGGUUCGUUACGAUGUGUAGUCCGCGAGAUAUGCUGUCGAUUCUUUGCGAGGCUUUAGAUUUCCAGAUGACCAAGGGAACCAAUUCCAUUGCCCCUUUUUUAAGCGGGCUCUCAAAAGUGAUUCGUUCCAUUCAGAGGCGUCAUUUUGAGCAAAUAAAAGUAGUAGUUCCUGUUGUCCUCAAUGCACUUAAAGCAGUAGAUUUUGAAACAUGUGAUGAGGAUGUGAAAUGUGACACUUUGUACGACAGAGCGAUGGACAUUGCCAAUUCCAUCCAGUCGGUUUGUGUAAAGUUGGAUGGCAAAGUACACGAAAAGCUCCAAUCUCUGCUCGGUCUUUAUGCAUUGCAAAUCAUGGCUCUCUUUUCAGUCAGCACGAGCCAUGAAGUUUCGAGCUGUCUUCCUUUUGUUUCAAAGUUGUCGUGUUUUCUUCCAUUCUGUGGGUUGUCAUAUGUUGGUCUCAUCACUGGAUCUGAUAUUGACAAAAUUUCCAACAUUAUUGGAGAGGAUGAAGAUGAUUAUACUGCUUGUUUUUCCUACAUCAAGCACGGUGCAUGUCUUUCAGUUCUUUGGGGAUAUCUUUCUGAAGAGGUUGCUCAGGCUGCAGAAGAAAAAAUGGGUGAUCUUAAAGAUGAACUGGCAACCAAACAAACUGAAAGAUGGAAAGCUAUAGGCAUGUUCAGGCACAUACUCUCUUUUUUGGGUCUGUCUUGGAAAUUAAAGAAAGAUGCUAUUGACUUCUUGCUUAGCAUUAAUGGCUCUGAAAGUUUUGAUGACGAUCAAAGUGAAUACAUAUCGUAUAUGCCGAGUAUUUUUGCUGCUUUGCAGGCUGUUCAGAUAAUUAUCAUGUAUGCACCAGAUACAAUGCUAAGGAAGAAUGCAUUUGGUUUAUUUAAAAAGUUACUUGCUGACAUCCCAUGUUCCGAAAGGUUCGACAUGUUAAGAGCUCUGAUUGUGAAUAGCGACUCGCCCUCUAUGGUUGCACUUCUUUUGGAUCUUGUCAAAGGAGAAAUGCACAUGGAGCUUUGCCGAAAAAGAGUUGGAACGGACGUUCAGCAAGUCGAUUCAGAAGCACGUCCAAAACCAUCGUUUUGGACUGCAGGUAUUCUCGAAUUGGUGGAGCAGGUUUUGCGACCUCCAAAAGGGGGUCCUCCAGUGCUUCCAGAGCAGAGUGAUGCGGUUCUUUCGGCUCUCAAUCUAUACCGAUACGUGCUGAUAACAGAGGCAACAGGAAGCACAAACCAUACUGGAGUGUUAUUGAAAAGCAAUCUGCAGAAGUCCUAUAACGAAUGGCUUCUACCUCUCUGGAUCCUCGUGACGGGCAUCAUGUCGGAGAACAAGACCGACUACGAUCAAAUUGCCGUGGACAUGGAGUGUGCACUCAACCCAGUAGAACUCGUUUUAUAUCGCUGCAUCGAGCUUGUUGAAGAGAGGUUGAGAUGAAUCUUUGUUGAAUAGAACUUCAUGUCCCGAGUUGAGAUGAAUCUUUGUUGAAGAGAACCUCAUGUCUCGAGUCGUGAUGAAUCUUUGUCAUGUCCCGAGUCGUGAUGAAUCUUUGUCAUGUCCCGAGUCGUGAUGAAUCUUUGUCAUGUCCCGAGUCGUGAUGAAUCUUUGUCAUGUCUCGAGUCGUGAUGAAUCUUUGUCAUGUCCUGAGUCGAGAUGAAUCUUUGUUGAAGAAAACCCCAUGUCCCGAGUCGAGACGAAUCUUUGUUAAAAGAACUUCAUGUCCUAAGUCGAGACGAAUCUUUGUUAAAAGAACUUCAUAUCCCGAGUCGAGAUGAAUCUUUGUUGAAGAGAACUGCUCAUCGUCAAACA